AUGGCCGACUAUGAGCAGUCCACGCUCAAACACCACGAGCACCUUCUCUUGGACCAACCGCUCCUGCGUCUACCCCACGAACUCCUCCGCAAGAACUUCCGCUCUGCCCACUUCACCAUCGAGAAAGACACAUCCUCAUUCAAGACCCUGCUCAAGGACUCUGCAACGGCCGCCGUGUCCGGCCGAGCCUCACAGCAGGAUGUCCUCCGUAACAUUGACGCCAUGAUCACCCGAAUGCGCGGAGUCAAGCGGAAGCUCACCACGUACGCAGAGGAAGAGGCACGCCUGCACCACCAAACCGCCGCCCGCAUCACGCAUCUCGACGAACUAUACUCGAUGCGCAGCGUAGAUGACGUCAAGUACGAGGCGUGGAGCCGACGACGGUUAGACCGCCUGCUGGCAGAUUACCUCCUGAGACGUGGCUUCAACCAGACCGCGGCCGAGCUGGCUGAAGAAAGGGGCAUGCAGGACCUAGUCGACGUCGACACAUUUGUGAACAUGAGUCGAAUUCGAGGAGCGCUGUUGAACGGGAGCGUCACGGAGGCACUAGCAUGGUGUACCGACAACAAGAAGGAGCUGCGGAAGAUGGAGAGUAAGCUAGAGUUUAUGCUCCGCCUCCAGCAGUAUGUCGAACUGAUACGCUCACAAUCCGAGCCCAAACUUCUGGAAGCCAUCGCCCACGCCAAAAAGUACCUCAUCCCCUACUGGAAGACGUACCCCAAGGAGGUACACCAGGCAUGCGGCCUCCUCGCCUUUCCCCCGGGGGGCCACCCAUCAUCCGCAUACUCUGACUUUUACAAACCCUCUCGCUGGUCCGAGCUGGCUGACCUCUUCACCGCCGCGCACAACAACCUCCUCGCUCUGCCGUCCGUUCCCCUCCUCCAUGUGGCCCUCUCCUCGGGUCUAUCCGCCCUCAAGACGCCCGCAUGCCACUCAUCUGCCUCGCAUCAGGGCGAAGGGACCUCGACCCUCGGGCACGGCGUGUGUCCCAUCUGCUCGACAGAGCUGAACGAGCUAGCCAGAAACGUGCCGUACGCGCAUCAUACCAAGAGCCAUGUGGAACACGACCUGAUGCUCUUGCCGAACGGAAGGGUGUACGGAUCACAGAGGCUGCAGGACCAAGCGAAGAAGGCGGGGCUGCCGCCCACAUUGGUGAAGGAUAUCCAGACUGGAGAGGUGUAUGCCGCUGAAGGGUUGAAGAAGGUCUACAUCACAUAA